AUGCUUAUGGAAAACGGCCUCUCAGAAGAGCCCAUGGCCGCGCGCGCCUCCGGCACCACGGUCCUGGUAAUAUGCUGCGUGCUCAUGGGUAUAACGGUUCUCGUCGUUACCUGUCGCAUGUACACACGCUUUGGCGUCGCGGGCAAAGCCACAAUCGAGUAAGCUGCCGCUUUACCCUCGCACGAGCAAAGUUACGUACGUUUGCUGAUGCGCGGCAUAGUGACUGGACCAGCAUCGCUGCGUUGUUGUUCGCAGGAGGCUUGACUGCGGCCAUGAUAUCCCAAGUACGCUGCCACCAUGUAGCACGCUCGAAAGGGGCACUCACAACGAUAGGUAUACAAUGGAUUGGGGAGCAGAGGCUCGAAUCUGUCCACGAACGCGAACCCUCAAUUACUCCAGGGUUUCCAUCAUUCAAUUUGGACGUAUCAUCUUGCCAUGGGCUUCACACGACUGUCCGUCAUACUCCAAUGCAAGCGCAUCUUCCCUCAGGCCGGUUUCGGAUUCGCGAAGUGGCUGGUCCGCUCACUGAUGGCCAUUGAUAUUGUCAACAUGCUGUGGUCUUUCUUUAGCAGCAUGUUCAUCUGCUUCCCUGUGCGUAAGUUCUGGCAUCCCGAGGUAGAAGGGCACUGUUUCCCGAGGAUCGUUAUUUGGCUUGUGAACUCGACAACAGCAAUGGUCCUGGAUAUCGCGGUUGCCACACUGGCGCUACCAUGGCUACGAUAUUUAAGGCUCCGGAUGCGGCACAAGAUCUUGCUGUAUGGCGUCUUUGUUCUAGCGGGAUUCCCCUGCAUACUGGCCAUCAUCCGACUGCAGUCACUCAUAGAAGUUGCGACUUCUUCCGGGACGCCAUACACAGACAACAUUUUGGCCUUGUUUAGCGCGAACGAGGUCUACGUUGCGAUCAUUUGUGCUUGUCUUCCGGACCUAAAAGCCUUCUACACCCAGACCAGGCCUCGAUGCGUAAAUUCUUGGGUGUUUCGCAACGUAUCUACCUUCAGUUGCUCUGGAAAUAGCAACGGUACGCGUCUCAAGGUCAGUGGGAUGAUGGAGUGCGCAAAGAAAAUUGUACUCGGUUGGAAUAGUGGGAAAAGCUCGACGUCCAGAUGGAGACCUUCGCAUCAGCCCGUCGAUCUUGCGGACAGACACCGCCAUCCUUCAGAGGAAGCAGAUGCGGCGGCUCGCGUAGCAGACGAAGUAGUCCAAAGGCCGGAUAGAGCAGAGGUCAGUGACAUCGAGGCUGGAGGCCAUUUAGCAGCUCCAGCUACUCGCAUUGGCAUUCUAUCAAGUCUGGGCAGCAUCGACACAUGA